AUGGAGGUGCUGAGUGUGCUACCACUAAGACUGAUCGAGGGUCUUGAUGGUGAUGAGGAAGCAAGGCCAUGGAUGCUGCCGCUGUUGAAGAAGUACGUGCAGCGCACCAGCUUGGAGUGCUGGGGAAGUGAGCUGCUGCCAUUAGGGCGUGCCUUGGGAAACAGGGCAGCCUCUCUGCAGCAAGCUGGCAGGGGCCAGCGCGCAAUGCUGUGUCUCACGUUGGAACGCCAGAUUUGGAAUACACUGCCUUCAUUCUGCAUAUGGCCAAAAGAUGGGGAUGUGGCAUACAGGAAACAUGUGGAAACGAUUGGGAUAGCUUUCCAGAAGCGCCAGGAGCUGCGGCCACCAAUUUGCCAUGCCCUUGUACGGCUGUGUGCUCAGAGCCACACCAUUCUCAAGGACUCCAGGGAAGGAGCUGGCUUUUGUGACCUGCCAGGGGUCGUGGUGGAGGCCCUUGGCAGCAUGGGGGAUCCAGAGUUGGAUGCUGGCUCACCUCCAAGCUACUUCACAGUCGAAGUGGCCAAGAGGCUAGUUGUAUCCCUUCGAGAACAUUCUGCCCACUGGCUCCAAGCCCUCUACACUGUUUUUGUGGAGACGCAGCCCAGGGAUCGUGCUCCCAUUGUCCAGGCUCUCACAGCCUAUGCAGCCAUCUGUGAACCACGUAUCCUUGGAGACUUUUUCAGAAUGGUCAUCACAAAGUUGAUUCAGAACUUGAAAAACGAGGAUGACGUGUCUGGGGAGGGUGGCAGCGAGGCAGACCAGAUGCUCGCUCGCUCUACUUUCAUGGAGCUUGCGCUAUGCAUUGCUGCUGGCCUGGAUGAUACAGGGAUCACAACUCUGUACAAGGUGGCGAAGCAGGGCUUACAGGAUAAGGAUGCAGCAGUGCAGAAAAAGGGAUACAAGCUGUUGGCCUAUAUUACAAAUGAGAGAAAGCAUUUCUUGCUGCAAAACUUUCAGGAUGUUGUUGGUACUGUGCUGGGAGGCGGCUCAACAUGUCUCUCCCCGGCAAAGAGAUUCCGUCUGCAGUGCCUGAACCCAAUAAUUGUAGCUGCGAUGGCGAAAUCAGCCUCUGGAACAACGCAAACCGCCAUCGAUGAUGGUAGUGAUGAGGUUAUGGAUGGGAUGGCAGACAACAAGGGUUUUGUGCAGGUUGUGGAUGCUCUGUUGACAGAAAUCAUCCUUUGCAUCAAGGAGAAAAAUGCAAAAGCAAGGGACCAGGCCUAUGAGGUGCUGGUCAACCUGGGCAGAAUGCACAAAGAUGCAGGUCCAUUUACUCUCCCUCAGCUGGUAACCCAGCUCUUGGCAGGGCUUGCUGGGACCACACCUCACAUGAUGAGUGCCACGACUUGUGCCCUCUCUCGGAUGGUCUACGAGUUUUCGUCAGACCUGGAGCUGCUGGUGCCGCAGAUUUUGGAGCUGGUACUGAGGCUUCUGCAAACGAAGUCAAGGGAGGUGGUGGCUUCAGUGCUUGGUUUUGUGCAGGUCUGCACCAGACGCCUGCCGGUCGCCACUCUCACUGAUCACCUGCCGCUAAUAAUUGACGCCAUCCUCUUGUGGGGCAACGAUCCAAAAAACAAAUUCCGCAUGAAAGUGAGGACUAUCAUAACGCGGCUGGCAGUGAGAUGUGGGUUUGAAGAGGUUGAAAGAUUGAUCCCUGAGGACUACAGCAAGCCUUUUGCCAACAUCAGGAAGGGUCAGCUCAGGAAAAAGAAGAAGCAGGCAGAUGAUGAGGAUGAUGAGGAUGACGGUGUUGAUGGCACGUACACUGAUGGUCACGGAGGUGGGCUUGCAAAGACAGCGCUGCGAAGCGAAUGGGACCACUCUCGGAUAUUUUCUGAAGGAAAGGAUGGUCGGAGCUCCGAUGUCAGCAAGAAUGCCAAAUCUAAGAAGUCUUCAGCUUGGAAAGCGUUUGGGCGGCUGCCAGAGACAGGAGCUGGAGGGGACCCACUCGACUUGCUGAACGCGUCGACCUCGCGCCAACUUGCAAAGGUGGGCGCUGGGAUGGCUGCUGAUGGCGCCGUGAAUCCUGAACAGGACAGCGACGACAUGGAUUUACCAGCGGAUCCCGAAGGCCGGCUGAUAAUCAAUGAGAACACGCUGAAGGGCAAGAGGCGCGGCAAACGUGAGCGAGAGGAUGACUCGUCUUCCUCGGAGGGCGACGACGACCGCAAAUCAGCAUUCACGAUGGGCAGGACGUCAAAGCGGAGUACCGCGGUGGCUUCUGGAAGGCGGUCGGCGAAGAGUUCCAUCCAUGGCGGGGACAGGUUCAGGGCCAAGAAGGGCGCAGGCGGUGAUGUCAAGAGCAAGGGUGGGGUGGAGCCGUAUGCCUACUGGCGGUUCGAUCACAAGCUGCUGAACCGGCGGAGGGGCAAGAAGGCGUUGGGGAAGAAUGAUCUCAAAAGGAUUCUUAGGAAGGGGGGCAGGAGGGGAAGGGCCAAGCGAGCCAGGAACGAGUAG